AUGUCGCUCUCUCCUUCUGCCUCGCCGGCAUCAUCACCUCCAGCUCCUCCUUUAGCUCCUCUUUCCCCGCCACUUAAUUCUCCUCCGCCGUUGCUUCCACCGCCGCCUCUCUUACCUCCCACCGCUUCCCCACCGCCUCUUCCGGUUGAAUCUCCACCGCCUCCUCCGGUAGCAUCUCCACCGCCUCCUCCGGCGGAAGCUCAACCGUCUCCUCCGGCAUUAUCCCCUUCCGGUUCACCACCAUUGCCAUUCCUUCCAACCAAGCCGUCUCCACCUCCCACUUCACUACCCUCCCCAACAGUUCCGCCGCCGGGAAUAACGAUUUCUCCGCCGCCUCCUUCUCCCCCCUCCGUUCCACUCCCGCCGGUGUAUACGGCAUCUCCUCCACCGCCGUCACCUCCUCGCCGCCGUGGACCUAAGCCUUUGCUUCCUCCUCCCAUCAGUUCCUCUCCACCACAGCCUUCUCCAAGCACCCCGUCUCUCCCGGAAACUUCUCCUCCACCUAAACCACCGUUCAAAACGACGCCAUUUCCCUCUUCUUCCACCUCUCCGCCGCCGAGGAACUCACCGGCAACAACAACUCUUCCUUUCUUUGGGCCGGUGGGACCACUACCAACUAAGCCAGACGGGACAGUAGCACCACCACCUAUUGGGCCCAAAACAAGUCCCGGCGAAUCAGUAAUCUCCCCGGGAACGCCACAGCCACUUGUACCGAAGUCUCUCCCCGAGACGACGUCGUAUCACCGAUCUUCCGCGGGAUUCUUAUUCGGCGGUGUCAUCGUUGGUGCUCUUCUGCUUGUCCUCUUAGGCCUUCUCUUUGUCUUCUACAGAGCCACCAGAAACCGAAACAACAACAGCUUCAAAACUCCAUCAAAAGCUCAACAUGAUCAUCAUCGAGCUGGUAAUGUCGACGGUCCAAACCAAGCAAACGUUAUCACAAUGCCACCACCUCCAAUCCCAAAGAAGGAGAGCAACAAUUCUGUUGCAAGGAGCAUUACAAUGUCAUCUGGAAUGUUCAGCUACGAAGAACUGUUAGAGGCAACGGGUGGAUUCUCGGAGGAGAACCUUUUGGGAGAAGGCGGAUUCGGUUACGUGCACAAAGGAGUGCUGAGAAACGGGAGCGAAGUCGCGGUGAAGCAGCUGAAGAUUGGGAGCAAUCAAGGGGAGAGAGAGUUCCAAGCUGAGGUUGACACGAUUAGUAGGGUUCAUCAUAAGCAUCUUGUUUCCUUGGUCGGUUAUUGCAUCAACGGAGAUAAAAGACUUUUGGUUUACGAGUUUGUUCCUAAAGAUACCUUGGAGUUCCACUUACAUGGAAACAGAGAAAGUGUGUUGGAGUGGGAAAUGAGAGUAAGGAUUGCUCUAGGAGCAGCUAAAGGAUUAGCUUAUCUUCAUGAGGAUUGCAGUCCAAGUAUUAUUCAUCGUGACAUCAAAGCAGCUAAUAUCCUUCUAGAUUCCAAAUAUGAAGCUAAGGUGUCUGACUUUGGACUAGCCAAGUUCUUUUCAGACACCAAUUCGUCAGUCACUCAUAUCUCUACUCGAGUGGUAGGAACAUUCGGAUACAUGGCUCCAGAAUACGCAUCAAGUGGUAAAGUAAGUGACAAGUCAGAUGUGUAUUCCUUCGGGGUGGUGCUUCUAGAACUCAUCACUGGACGUCCAUCAAUCUUCGCCAAAGAUCCAUCCACAAACCAGAGUUUAGUUGACUGGGCCAGGCCAUUGCUUGCCAGAGCGAUUUCUGGAGAAAGUUUUGAACAUCUUGUAGACGCAAGGCUGGAGAAGAACUACGACACAAGUCAGAUGGCUGACAUGGCUGCUUGUGCUGCUGCCUGCAUUCGCCAAUCGGCUUGGCUUCGUCCCCGGAUGAGCCAGGUAAUUCGUGCACUUGAGGGAGAGGUGGCCCUAAGAAAGGUCGAAGAGACAGGGACGUAUAGCUCCUCUGACAUGACUCUACCGUACGGAACAAGUAAGAGUAAGAGGAGAUUCGACACUGAUGAUACCACUUGA